ACUAAACACGGACGUGUUUGAAGCAUGCGAAGUUAGGAGACUGACCUAGACCAGAAAAUAGAUUCAUAGACUUAAUAGAUCCCCGUUUUUGUAAAUUGAGAUAGAUGAAUUGCACGUCCUAAAGGUGUCUGAACCGAGCAAUGCCUGUAGUUCCUGCGAACCAGCCGCAGCUGAUCCGCUCGAGUCAGAAGGAUGAGUACUACCAGAACAACCUGACAAACAACGCCAAUGAGCUCUUCCACACAUUCGCUGGUUCCAAACGUUGGUUUCAGUGGAGAAAGGAAAUUGAAUUACUGUCUGAUCUGACCUACUAUGUCUUAACAACUUCAUCUGGUGAGUUACUAUCAGACGCUGGGCGAGGAGUAUGUCAGCAUCAUCCAGGUGGACCCCAGCAAGAGAAGAAUCCCCUCGCGGAUGCGCAGAACCGCACUCAUCGUCUGCCACACAAUUGUGCCUUAUCUUUUGGACAAGGUCUUGAUCUGCAUUGAGAAUGAGCUGGAAGCAGAAGCACCUCAGACGAGCAGAACCUGGAGGCCGUUAUCACAUGUGCGGCUGUGGAUUCAGAGAGCAGUAG